CGCGCCACCCUUUAGCCUGCUUUUCCGGCGCCAAGCUCACUUUCCCGCCAUUUCCACUCCGCAAAUCUGCUCUGCUCUUCUACCCCUAUUGCCGGCCAUGAUUAGCGCAAAGGAUUUCGUCCUCGUAUCUAUCUCUGCUGCCCUCGGUGCUUUAUCUUCGGUGAUUGCAUUUCGAUUCAUCUCCUCCAAUCCAAAGAGGCCCCGCCCUCGCUGUUUCUCCGCUUCCGAGAACGCUUCCGUCGAGGGUUCCCAAGCUCGGAGUCCCUUCGAUCCUUCCAAGCGCAAGGGGUAUCUUUCCUGGGACGACUAUUUCAUGGCGAUUGCAUUCCUGUCCGCUAAGCGAUCUAAGGAUCCAAACCGUCAGGUUGGUGCAUGCCUAGUAAGUCAAAAUGGAAUAAUUCUUGGAAUUGGGUACAAUGGAUUUCCAAGAGGUUGCUCUGAUGACAAGCUGCCCUGGGCAAAGAUAUCUGUUAACGGAGAUCAAUUGGAAACUAAGUAUCCUUAUGUAGUACAUGCUGAAGUUAAUGCCAUCCUGAACACAAAUCACGCAUCUGCUGCUGGACAGAGAUUAUACGUUACCAUGUUUCCCUGUAAUGAAUGUGCCAAAGUCAUCAUCCAGUCAGGUGUCUCAGAAGUAAUUUAUUUUAUUGAGAAAAGAGUAAACAAUUCAGAUGCUGCUUACACUGCCUCUCACAAGUUAUUAUCAUUGGCUGGUGUUAAGGUUAGGAAACACCACCCACAAAUGGCAGAUAUAACACUCAAGUUUGAGUAAGCUUAAAAUUGAAGAGAUUAGCCUUACUGACUUACAAGAUGUGGAAAUAUGUUAUUAUGUUUCUCUAAACAUUAUAACUAUUUGUUUCAUUUUUACUAUUUCAACAUUUGCUUGUUUCCAAGUUUAGGUGAAAAACUUCCCUUUCCUUGUUUUAUUUAUUAAAAUAAUAAAUAAAAAUUCUUCUCU